AUGGCGGAUUACCAGCUGUUCGGUGACGUCCUUGCAUUUGAUGCAACAUACAGGUCAAACAAGUACAAGAAGCCUCUAGUGGUGUUCUCUGGAUCAAAUCAUCACAAGAAGACAGCAAUUUUCAGAUUCUCGUUGCUGGAGGACGAGGAGGUCCGUGCAUAUAGAUGGGUGUUGCUGAAUAUGCUUGAUGUCAUGGAAAACAAGAAGCCUUCCGUUGUGGUCACCGACGGGGAUAAAGCCAUGCGAGCAGCAAUUGCGGAUGUACUUCCUUCAGCUAGGCAUCGCCUAUGCGGGUGGCACUUGGAAAAAAACUGUGUCUUAAGGGUGAAGGAGCCCGAAUUUUGGAAGGUCUUCAAAAAGGCUAUUUAUGCAAACUUCGAUGUUGCCAAGACAACUUCCAGGUGUGAGGGCAUAAAUGCAUUCGUCAAAGGGUUCCUGAAGUCCACAAAUAGCCUUCUUGAAUUGGUUCAGAUCCUGGAUAGGGUGGUGAAAGAUUACCGCAACAACGAGGUCACGGCUCAAUUUUAUUCAUCGUACUACACGCCUGUACUAACUACAGGCCUUGAUAAGAUCGAGCUGUUUGCUGCGAAGUUAUACACCAGGGCAAUUUUCAAGGAGGUUAGGAAACAGAUAAAGGGGGUUGGGAGUUUAUUGUUUCUGGGAAAGACAGCAUUAGCACGACGUCCGUCUACAAGUUCUCAAGCGUCGGGAACCGUCGUAAGUGAAGGCAUUCCUUGCUGCCAUAUAUUUUGCGUGAUGAAGUAUGAGGGUUGGGACGAAAUCCCACCUGGUUUGAUACUGAGGCGUUGGUGUAAAGAUGCCAAGGAAUGGACAGCUAACGCAACAUGUAAUUCAUCGGGACACAACAGUCAUUUAUUGAGGUACGGCGCUCUAUGCAGUGCCAUAAGUGUCGUCGCGAAACUAGCUUCUGAUGAUGCAGCUGACUUCUUUUUAGCGAGGGAUGCACUUACCUCUUUGGCACGGAGGCUAUAG